AUGUUCUACCCCGCGACGUCACACCCUACACGGACGUAUGGCGCGCCCACAACAGGCCGGCGAAAGCUCGCUGUGCAUAAUGAGAAUAAUCUGGACGGGCUAGGAGGAAGAGGUCUGCCCAGUAAGACCCCGUCUCGCGCUGGACCGAGUGGGCCAAAUGGGGCAGCAGGAAAGGCGGCGUUGUUGGGUUCGGCGACGGUGGGGAGGGUAGGACUGGGGCAGAAGACGGAAGGGAAGGAUAGGAAUGUCCUGAGUGGGCAGCCAGGGGCUGGAGUUGGGAAAGGAAAAGGCAAAGAAGAGGAGAUCGAACCUAAACGCCUCUUCGCAUCCACCUCGACCCUCCCGCCUUCCAAAUCCCUCUCCAACCUCCCCUUCAUACCAACCAAAACACCCGCCCGCCCGCCGCCCUCCUCGCGUAAACUCCCACCCAACAAGACGCCCGCCCCGUCAACUUUUAGAAUCGCGCAGGACGUUUCGUCUACGCCCUUGCCAUCUGCAACAAGGAGGCGGAGAUCGCGCUCGUCCAAUGGGCCCGGGGGAAGUGGUGGUGGCGCAGGUGGGGGAGGGGGAGGGGCGACACCGAUGCGUCCAACAAUGAGACCGGCGGAAGAGUUCCGCACUCCCCUGCCCAGUGCGAAAUGGCAAGAUGGGGAUGGGGAGGGAGAUAGUCCAGAGGGGAGUGGCGGGCUGGAGGUACAAGGGACAGGGGCGGAGGGGGAUGUGGGGGUCGUCCUGGAUGUUCUGGGGGAGGUAGAGGAGGAAAGUGAGGAUGAGGUGGAGUAUAUGCCGCCUAAGCCUGACGAACUCCCAUACGAGCUAGACUGGGAGCCUCAACUCGACAUCAUCUCCCUCACGCGUCAACUCCAGACUGUCCCUUGUGUCGCAUUUGACACGAUUGGGGAGGCGCCGGAAUUGAGUAUGGAGGUGGAUACCGAACCGAGGGGGAUCAUGCUGGAGUCGGAUGAUAAGCUGGAGGAUCCGAUAUUCCAACGCGAGCCCGCUGCGGGCGUACCAUCACCUCCCGUGCGAGUUGCUCCACCAGCGUCGGGGUCCGGGACGGGACCGGUGCGAACCACAUCGACUACUUUCCCACGGACUCGGCCCGCCCCGCCCGCUGCUGUACCGGCGACAUCCCGGUCCAAAGCAGGAACAAGCCUCAAGUCCAGCUUGAAGCCAACAUCUACCUUUUCCCGAUCUACCCUCGCCUCAGCGGGAACCCGAGCGACAGCGCAUACUCGACCCCCGCUCCCAUCAGGCUGGAAAGCACCCACACCGGCUAGCGCUCGUCCAGCUCCCCCUGCGCUGGCGCUGUCCGCUCGAUCGACCAAGGAGAAUAUCCCUCCUCUCCCGACCCGGGUAAACGGCACCGGUACGGGGCUCGGAUCAAAGAAGGGGAGUAAGGAGGUCCAAGGGAAGGGUGCGUGGGUGGAGGAGGAUGACGAGUUGAUGGAGGCGUUGAUGCUCGUCGGGGGACAGGAGGCGGUUUUUGACCUUGACCUUGGUCUUGACCUUGACUCUGGCGUUGGGUCGUGA